AAUGUGGCCCGGCAUCGUGUGCAGGGCAAAGCCUGUGAGAGUCAGCACAGGCCAGAGAGGGAGCAGAGAAACCAGCCAGCGGAGAAAGUGGGUAACUCCAUUAAUUGUCAGGGAACUCACCAGGACCUCCUGGAAACCACAGCCCAGCCGAGAAUACCCACAGGAGAGAGAAAAAACACAUGCACUGAGUGUGGAAAACAUUUCACUAGCCACUCAGGCCUUUUAAAACAUGAGAGAAUCCACACUGGAGAGAGGCCCUAUGGAUGCAGUGUGUGUGGGAAAAGCUUCAGUCAGAGCAUUCACCUUAUUCGACAUCACAGGAUCCACACAGGAGAAAGACCCCAUGAAUGCAGUGAGUGCGGGAAAACCUUCAGUAGUUCAGCUCUAAUUACACAUCAGAGGAUCCACACUGGAGUGAGACCCUAUGAAUGCCAUGAAUGCGGGAAAAAAUUCAAUGUCAAGACAGCCCUUAAUACACAUCAGAGGAUCCACACAGGAGAGCGCCCCUAUGAGUGCUGUGAGUGUGGGAAACUGUUCAGGCAGAAAUCAACCCUAAUUACACAUCAGGCAAGGCAUACAGGAGAGAGACCCUAUCAGUGCUGUGAGUGCGGGAAAGGCUUCAGUGUGAGCUCAGACCUCAUUGUACAUCAGAGAAUUCACACGGGAGAGAGACCUUAUAGAUGCUGUGAGUUUCAUCCAGGGCCCACCCCUUACAAGACAGCAGGGUGUUCACAGGACCGCGACGCAGCGUAG